GGAAAGAUAAGGGAGCAAAAGAAGAGGAGAAGAGGCAGUGGCUGUAGCUAAACGUAGGAAAAAGAAGGAGAAAAAGCCACUUUUCAGAUCGUGCUCAAAUUUUAGUAUGUUGUUCCUCACAUACUUCUCUUCAAAUCCAACGAUCAGUUUCUCGUUUUGAUGCCGGGAAGGAUGUGAUUAUAUACUAUGUGCACCUGAGGUUUCAUUCAAAUCAUUUGUGUGGCUGGUUGGGGCCGUUGGGCGGAUGGAUUUCUUGGGAGAAACAACGGCUGGGUAUGAUAAUUGUGGCAGCCUUCCUGGAAUGAAUGACCAUGCUCUUUGGGCUACUGAUCGAGGAUGAUUAUAGAGCCUGGAAUGAAGGUGGCGGGUAUGAGCGCCCCCGAACAAGAAAAUCUGUGCCUCACAGGGCUUAGAGUCUCAAGUCGUAGUCCCAAUUAGAUCCAAAGCCACUGGGAAGAUGUUCUUCAAGACCAAACUGUGUUACAAGUUCUGUGCGGGGGUCUGCCCCUAUAUCACCAACUGCAACUUUGCUCAUGGGCUUGAAGAGCUUCGCAAGCCGCCUCCUAAUUGGCAGGAGAUAGUCACUUUAGUCACUGCUCAUGAGGGAGGGGUGGGAUUUGAAAACUACAGAGUGGAACACCAGAUUCCAAUAAUGACUUCCCCUGAAUUGCGAGCCGACUUUCAGAGGUCUCAUAAAGGAAGGCACUGUAAGAAGUUCUAUACCGAAGAGGGUUAGCUGCACCUAUAUUCAUGAUGAACAUGCGCGGUCCAGGGAGAGUGUUGCCAUUAGUGUGAUUCCCACCAUGGGCGAUUUCGAUAAGAAUAGCUCAACAGCGAUGUACCAAAAGCCCACCAACCGGAAGACAAGGAUUUGUAACAAGUGGGAAACAACGGGGUAUUGCCCAUUUGGCACCAAGUGCCGUUUCGCUCACGGGGCAGCAGGUAAGGCUUAAAUUCUAAUUGUUCUCACCAACUGACGAUACCAUCCUUCAUUCCUUCUUGUUCAUCUGUUCAAAUUUGUGUUAGUUUACCUCAUUUUAUCUGAAAAAAAUGAACUUCAUUUCCAAUA